AUGAGGGGCGGCGACAGGGCUGAGGCGCUGGUCAUGCCAGAGCGAAGGAGGGGCGGUUUAGGUGUUGGUCGGCAUAGAGAAAUAGGGGCGGCGCUGGCUAUGCUGCCGGAGAGAACGAGGGGCAGCGCUGGCGGUGCUACGCGCGUAGAGAAAGAGGAGCUGCUCAGGCGGUGCUCGAUGCUCGGCGGAGAGAACAAGAGGCGGGAUAAUGAUUCAUUAGUUGAUGUGCUGAACAGACCGAUUGCGAAAAAAACGAUGUUCCUUGUUUGGUUCCAUGCGAAUAAGUUGUACCCUGAAGCUAUCAAUUUGAAGUAUGGAGAGUUGCCACAUAAAUUUGUCUAUAACGAAAAAGCUCGAUGUUGGAUGCCGAGAAAGAUAGGAUUCUCGAUAGGAAGGGUUACCAAUGUACCGCCGGGCAGUGGUGAAGACUAUUACUUGAGACUGUUGCUCAACUUUCAAAGAUGUUGCACGUGUUACGAUGAUCUUAGAAAAGUCGAGGAUCACGUCUACCCAACUUUCAAAGAUGCGUGCUUUGCGCUUGGACCACUAGAUGACGACAAUGAGUACAUAGCUAGCAUAAAUGAGGCAAACGAGUGGGCCAGUGGUGACUAUGUGAGACGAUUAUUCAUCGUAAUUUUGGUCGCAAAUAAUAUGAACAGACCGGAACAUGUGUGGGAGUGUUGCUGGAAAGAAUUCGCCAAGGAUAUUAAGUACAGACUGCAACAACGUCUUACCAAUUCAGGUCCACCUGUGUCAGACGAUACUCUGAGAAACUACGCUUUGAUCGAAAUAAAAAACAUAUUGCAAAGUAACAGCAAAAGCCUGAGUAACUUUCCCCCAAUGCCGAUUCCAAUUGGGUCGAUGACAGACGCCACGGUAAAUAGAUUAGUUCUCGACGAGUUGGACUAUGACGUUGAUGCGAUGCGUGAAGAGCUUAAGAAAUACCUUUCAUCCAUUACCGAUGAGCAGAAAAAAGUGUUCGAUGAUAUUAUGGAUGCUGUUACAAAUGACAGAGCUGGACUGUUUUUUCUUUAUGAGCAUGGAGUAACGGGAAAGACUUUCAUAUGGAAAACUUUAUCGGUUGUUAUCCGUUCAAAAGGCGAAAUAGUUAUAAAUGUUGUUUCCUGUGGUAUUGCUUCGCUUCUACUUCCAGGUGGCAGAACUGCUCAUUCGAGAUUUGGACUGCCAAUAAUUGUACAUGAGAGCUCCACAUGCAGCAUCAAACAACAGAGCUCACAGGCUGAAUUGUUGUCUAGAACAAAGCUAAUCAUAUGGGACGAUGCACCGAUGAUGCACAUGUACUGUUUCGAAGCACUCGACAAAACAAUGAAAUCUAUACAUGAUUCAGAUAUGCCAUUCGGAGGCAAGGUUGUAGUGCUUGGAGGGGACUUUCGGAAAAUUCUGCCAGUUGUGUUGAAAGCGUCGAGACAAGACAUUGUUCAUGCUACAAUCAAUUCAUCACCGUUGUGGAGACAAUGUAAGGUUAUGAAGUUAAACAAGAACAUGAGACUUGAGUCGUCCUCCUCUUCCGCCAAUGCAAAUAAAAUUAGAGAAUUUGCGGACUGGAUAUUCAGAAUCGGGAAUGGCGAUGCUGGCGAGGUAAUUGACGGUGAUGCAACAACUGAAAUUCCCGAUGACAUGCUGAUUCGGAAUUCUGCAGAUCCCUUUUUGGAUCUUAUAGAGUUUGUCUAUCCCAAUCUGGUGACCAACCUUUUCACUCCCGAGUAUUUUGAGGGCAGAGUAAUUCUUGCACCCACUAAUGAAAGUGUCGGUUUUGUGAACGGUCAUUUUUUGUCGAUCAUAACUGGAGAGGAGAAGGUUAUUUCAGCUCCGAUAGCCAGAGGAUUUUGCAAUGGAACAAGGCUUCAGGUUAUUAAUAUGGGAAAACACGUUCUCAACUGCAGGAUUCUACCCGGUAAACAUGUUAGUGAUAUGGUGUUCAUUCCUAGAAUGACUUUGGUACCGUCCAACUCUGCAUUGCCUAUUAAAUUCCAGCGACGUCAGUUUCCGCUGAUGGUAUCAUUCGCAAUGACAAUCAAUGAAAGUCAAGGACAAACUCUUUCUUACGUAGGCCUGUACUUACCGAAACCUGUUUUCAGUCACGGACAGCUCUAUGUCGCACUCUCGAGAGUUAAGAGUCGAAGUGGCAUAAAGAUUUUGAUUAACUCGGAAUCUGGUGACACGACCAACGUUACACAUAAUGUUGUAUAUAAAGAAGUUUUUCAGCGUAUAUGA